GGCACAGUAUGUCUGGAGAAUGCAACAGACAGUGAGCGUUUCACAACAAAACGUGCUUGUUCCCUUGGUGCGAAAACGGAUCAAAAGGAACAGAAGGUGUCUCUGAUUUCAUAUCCUAGGGCGUGCUUGUUGCCCCACACCCCACACCCUCGACUGCGAAACGCAAACGCAAACGCAAACAGCACCAUUACCAAAAGAACCAUCGAUCCGCCAUGACCGAUAUACAACCACAACAACCACCACCACCACCCACCGUCGCGGUCCUGUACGCCACCACGGGCGGAAUGGGAGACGUCGGCAAGUUCGCCGUGGCCCUCGCCACGAAGCGGGGCCUCCGCGUCCGCCCGGUGGCCCUCUGUUUCGGAACCGGGGAAACCGACGGUCCGAGCAGCAGCAACAGCAGCAGCACCGUCGACGUCGACGUCGAGGACACCGCCCUCAAGGACGAGACGGAAGCGGUCCUGGAGGGGCUGGAAGGAGGGAUCCCCACCAUCGACGUGGCGGCCGGCGCCUCCGCGGACCGGGAGCUGGAGGGGGCCCUCGGGGGCGCCACUUCCGUCGUCUCGUGCCUCGGGAACCGCCAGCCGGGGAUGGAGCGCUGGUGCGAAAAGGGAACCAGGGCGGUUUUGGCCGCGAUGAAGGCUUCCGGAGCGGAGCGGCUCGUCUGCCUCUCCUCCAUGGGCAUCGGCAGGGAUUUCCUCAAAACCACCCCCCUGACCUGCCUCUGGGCGGCGAUGCUCCGGACCGUCCUADGGAGCGCCCGAAGGGACCUCUCUUCGAUGGAAGACACCGUAAGGGGGAGCGGCCUGGACUACCUCCUGGUCCGCCCGGUGGGGCUCACCCCCUCGGAGCCGCCGAGGGGGUCCUGUGACGUCCUGCUCGAAAGGGGGGACCACGGGGGCAGGCUGGCCUUUAUGCUCUCCAAGCAGGACGCGGCGGGAUUUUUGCUGGAGGAGGCCCUUUCCCCGAYCCUCCGGAACCGGGCGGUGACGAUCGGCUACGCCGGGUGAGCGAGCGAGCGAGGGAGCGAGUGGCAGUGACAGUGACAGUGGCGGUGGCGGUGGCGGUGGAAGGAAGGGCCUGCCACACGCAUGGAUGCAGCGCGGGCCUUGUGUGCAUGCGUGUGCAUGCGUGAAUGCAUGUUGUUGUAUACAAUAUACUAUACUAUAAUAUAAUAUAAAAACAAAC